CCUUCCAACAGCAAACGAGCUCUGAGCAUGAACGUUUGGUUAUGAAGUCCUAGCGACUAUUCUAUCUUGUAACUUCCUUAGUAUCUCAAUAGCUAGAUUAGUUUUGCUGCGAAUUAAGUUAUUAUUUUUACAGUUAUUUUGCCGAAAUGGCGGACCUUUUUGAUCCAAAUUACGAGUAUGAUGCCCCGAUGUUUGUUGACUUCAGUGCCAAGGUGGACGAAGAAGGACCUGUCGAUGCCUGGUUUGACUGCAGAUCAGGGGAUGAUGGUGGCAUCGAGAAAGAUAGUUUGAUGUUCGAGCCAUCCGAAGCACAAACUCUUGAAUCUGAAGUCCCUUCAACAACAUGCAACAAAACUGGAAUUGAGGCGGAUAGUCUAGAGGAAAACACCAUAGAAGGGGAAGAGUCGAACAUUAAAAACAUGGAAACAGCAAAGGAACCCAAAGUUUGCUCAAUUUCCCCCGAUACUGGUAUCGAUACGGACAGCUUGGAGGAAGAUUCGGCUAAAGAAAACGAGGCACCAAACAUUCCAACUAUCGAAGCAGUGAAGCCAGUAGAGCCCGAAAUCACUUCGAAACCGCCCGAGAAAACUCCAUCAGUAGCCAUAGAUAUGCCUCAAAGGCUUGAAAACACAGCACCAUCGGAAACAAAUGACUCUGAUGUCGUAAAUCCAGAUAAUAAACCUGUAAAGCGUAACAACAUUGUGCUUUCGACUGCAUCGUGGUCAAGAAAGACCAGUGCGCCACCGUCUGAGAAAAAUGCCUUCCAACCCCCCAUGAAAAAGACCAAGCCAAGCUCCCCAUUACUUACGAGGGCAAGAGCAAAUGCUGCGAAGGCCCCCAGGAAAUCCCACCGCCAAUCACGGCCACGCACAGCCUCGACUUGCUCGAAUGCAAGCAGUAAGAGUGAAGGAGAUAACUGUGUUUUCCAACCCUCUGCCAGGAGUGGUGCACCAAAGGCCAAGAAACCCCUGCUGACUCUUCCUAGUACUCCUAAUGUCUUAAAGAGGCCAAAGAUGAAACCAAAGACACAUGUUGAAAAGACCCAUGAAGAGCAAGAACUUGAAGAGAUAAACAAAAUGCGAGAGAUGUUUAGGGCAAAGAUGAAACAACAUGAUGAUUACAGAAAGAAAGCCCAAAAGCAAGCUGCCUACAAACCAGUGCGAUCAGUGGACCAACUUACACGGCCACAAGAGUUCCAUUUCCAAACAGACAGUAGGGUCAAGCCUAGUGCAAACCAGAAUUGCCCAGAAAAGAAGGAAAAGGAUUUUGUUGAAACACUAAGACAGCACCCACCAUCCCCUUCUUUCAAGAACAAGGGGGUCACCAAGCCAGAGCCAUUCAGCUUUGAUAAUGGGAGUCGGAAGAGAAAGCAUGAAGACAGCGGUGACAAUGGAUAUGAAGGCUUUGUGUCAAUGGCUGAAAGAUGCUAUACCUUCCAGACUAAAACUCCGCCCAGAUUCCGCAGCCGGAGAUCACAAGAGCAGAGCGAGGAUGAUGUGCCAAGUCAGCAUGGUAAACAGAAGAAGGGCCUGACAUGCCCAAAGACACCUAAUCUCACCACCAGUGACAGGCACAGACCAAGGGCUGCUGACUGCCUCAGUCGGGAAGAAGAGGAAGAGAGAAUUGUAGAAGAGAUGAGAAGCUACAAAUUUAAAGCCAGGGAAUUUGACCCCAAAAUUGUUGAAAAAUCUGGGACCUAUGGUGUCAAGUCAUCGACUGCCAAACCAGUGACAGAGCCAGAGCCAUUCAACCUUACAACGGAUAACAGAGGAGAGAUUUAUAAACAGAAGCUAGAAGAAACACUUCAAGAGGAUAAGCCUGCUCCAUUCAAAGCCCAGCCUGUCCCAGAGUACAAGAAGAUGGAGUUCAAACCAGAACUUCCCCACCAGGCGACAGCCCCUGCUCCCUUCUCGUUUGAGCAGAGAAAUAAAGAGGCUCUCGCUAAAAAGGAGAAAAAGAUCCAAGAGAUGUUGGAGGAAGAGAAAAAGGCGCGAGAAUUCAAGGCUCAGCCCCUACGUAGCUUCUCUCCCCAGCCCCUACUCCCAUCGACUUCGCGCCUUCAGGCGACAAAGUUCGAGCCGUUCAACCUGGAGACUGAGAAUCGAGGCUCCGUCAAGGCGGAGAAAUGGCUCAACUCGGUCCAGCAAGAACUAGAAGAGGAAAAGAAAAAAGUCGUGUUCAAGUCUCACUCGGCUAACGUGUUGUACAAACCUGCUUUCGUACCCAAGAAGUCCCUGAAACCAGCGACAGUAUGCGAUAAUGUCGUGCUUAACAGCGACAAACGGGCGCAGGAAAGAGCGAUUUACGAGAUGCAAAAACACGAGAAAGAGAUGGAGGAGGAAGCGAUUCUCCGGCAGAGAGAAGAGGAGAGGGAGGAGGAGGAACGACGCAACAUCGCUAUGCUUCGACAGCAGAUGGUACACAAAGCGAACCCGAUAGCUCGAUUCAAGGGCGUUCAAAUCCUCCCCAGCGAAAAACCCUUGACGGAGGCACAUUCACCUGCUUGGCACACAAGAUCGAGGAGUAACAUACGCAUAUAGACAAGCAUGGAUUGAUUUUUCUUUUCCAUUACUGUGUAGCACUUUACUGGGGCAUCUAGGCAACCAUUUUUAAUUCGUCUGUGUCAAAGAACGGCCAUUUGAAAAUGGGUCGUAUAACCACUAUAAAUCUCAAAUUGUUUUGAGUGAAUGUUUCGUGGCGCUAGUGUAAAACGACAUAUUCUCCCGAAAUUUGUCAUUGGUUAUUUUUAUGCUAUUUGUAAAUAUCACGGUUAUAGCUUUUUAUAUCAUAAAUCAAAGAAAAAAAUCGAAAAAAAAAUAGAUGGGGCGAGAUUUUUUUAGAAGUAAUUGUGUGUAAAAACAUACGCUACAGCUUGCUGGUUAUUAAACUACAAGUUCUAUUGA